AUGUCUCAUGAUUCAGCAUUGACUCAAACUCUCGAUGAAACCGGUGUAGAGCGUUUUGCCUUCUCGUACCUUCUUCGGCGAGUGGAGACUGCGAUGCGUGUGCAGUAUGGGUCCAAAAGAGUUUUUGUGACGGCCUGUAAAGAUAUAGGGCAACUGUGGUCCGCCUUGGACUCCUCUGUCGUGGGAAAUGAUGAAUACCAAGCGCUUCUGCCGCUCUGGACACAGUUUCUCAAGGAAGGUCUUCUUUUCAUGACGAGUGAGUCACCUCUGUUGUGCGCAAGGGCUUUUUUGGAGUCAGUUGUGGUGUCUGCUUCUUGCAGCACUGUGAAAGAUGUCAGCUCGAUUACGGCAGCAAACACCGCAUGCGUUGGGGAAAUUAUAUCACGGCUCCUUUCCGAGAUGAGCCAGCUAACAUCAACUCUCUCGUCUCUCAUUCCGCCAUUAGGGCAUCUACAGGAAGUAAGAAGAGUCAUUGAGCUUCUACAGGAGUACCAACUUGCAAGUGCCGGUAACGUCUCUUCCCCCAGCACAACAAAGUUGGUAGAGGCAUACAAUGCCUUGGUCGAGCGCUAUGCUUCAAUGUUUGUGGAAGAAGUGGCUUUCCCCAGCUACUGGAAUUUGGAUUUGGACAAAUCGUCGCUGUUGCUCGUCAAUGGCGUGCACCCCGCCAUUUAUUUUUGUUUUAUGUCUUUGGUGCGUCUCGUGCAGUGGUGUGGGUAUCGAGUUCACAUGAUAGAUGAUGUGCCUUGUCGUCAGAUCGUUGCGCAUGUGUGGGAGAGCGGUGCUUUGGUCGUUGCCGCUGUUGCCGAGGAAAGGGAACUUAGUGAAAGCCUAAAGAAGCAGCUACAGCUGGACACUAUGCACUUUGUGCUUUUUGCCCGUAUGUUUCGCAAAUUUGUGGGUGAGCGCCUCUUUGGUGUGGUUUCAUGUAGUCUUUUGCGGCUUCUCGAGUCGGUAGCAAGACGUCUGCAGCCGAAUCCGGACUCAAGCGGUGUUUUUAUACCGACUACUGACGCCUUUGAGAUGGAUAUUUGGAAUGUACCACCCGUUGAAGCGUCGGAGUGGGCUGGGACCUUUGACGCCAACGGCAGGAAGAAGACAGAUGCCUUUGUCCCUUGGAGUGAAGAGUUUAUUCGAGCGCCGUACGUGAGGAAGGCACAGAUGCCGCCCAAUGGUUGGCAGUAUAUUUCCUUUCGAAACCUCUGA